AUGGCUGAAAUAGCACGAUCUUACCACGAGAACCUACAAAAAGACAACAUGUCCGAACAAGAAGCAGAAAUGAGGCAAACAGAAAUACAAAACACAAUGAGCGAGAUCCCGCAAUCCCAGAAACUAUGGAACGACGACUCACCACUACACAACCUCCUAAAAGAAAACCAUAUCCAGGAAGCCUUGUAUGCCUCAAAGGCAGGUAGCGCCGCCGGAAUAGACGGAAUCCCAUACGAGAUCUGGAAAAACCUACACGAAAAACACAUCAACGAUCAAAAGAAAGAACUACCUAGCUUUAACAUAAUCAAAACUCUCACACUAGUAAUAAACGACAUCCAGGAACAUGGCGUCGAUGACAAUACAGACUUCACCCUGGGAUGGAUGUGCCCCAUCUAUAAGAAAAAUGAGCGCACAGAAAUAAAGAACUACAGACCUGUAAGGCUGCUAUUGAGUUCGACGGGGAUUGUACCCUUGGUGUCGGAAAUGAAACUGACGCGAGAGUUAGAGAGAGUAUGA